GACGACCUGUGCGCACCGGCGACGCCGGCAGCAGGGCAACCGAUUCGCAACACCGAUCCGCCCGAAAACGUUGGUCCGGCGGCAGCUCGGCAUAUUCAGAUUCGCAUGAUCCGAACUCCGAGAUUACAACGCGGUAAAGUAAACAAAUAAAAAAAAAAAACAACAAAACACGAAACGACGCGACACGACCGUCCGUAACAAUACGAAACGCCGCAACACUUUUUAACGGUCAUACUGGAGACGCGCUGCAGUCGACCUCGGGUGAAUGUUUUUCGUGUUCACGACGCGGUCGCCGGUCUACAUCAAGAGCAUUGAUAGUUGCAGUCCUGCGGGUGCACCUUUUAGGGUAGGUACAGGCGGUUAUUAUGUCCCUAAAGGUAUUCAAAGAGCACGCCGAGUUGUUUCCAAUCCGCGACGUACCCGCUGUAGUGGACGUGUUCCGCAGAGAACUGGAAAAAAAAGAACCCGACCUGUUGCUGCUGUCGCUGGUGGCUGGCGCCAUCGAGAACACAAUGACUUGCGUCCGACCGACCACCGAAGAGCCAGUCGCCGCGACGGCAGAAACAAACUUUGACUUUGAUCAGGUACCACUGAGACUGCCCGACGUUGAAUUGCACAUUGUAGAAGCACUGUACACAAAAUUCUACUCAGUCAUCAAAAGCAGCGUUGACCCACUACAUUUUGGUGAACGGGACGGACACGCCAGCCGAGAACUUGUGAAAAGGGUUUCUGAUGUCAUAUGGAACACGCUGACUAGAAGUUACUAUAAGGACAGAGCGCACUUGCAAAGCAUGUAUAGCUAUUUGACCGGUUCAAAAUUGGACUGUUUUGGUGUUGCGUUUGCUGUAGUAGCUGCUUGUCAAAUACUUGGUUACAAUGAUGUUCAUUUAGCUUUGUCUGAAGACCACGCAUGGGUUGUAUUUGGUCCAGAUGGUAGUGAAAACGCAGAGGUUACAUGGCAUGGAAAGGGAAAUGAAGAUAAACGUGGACAAAAAAUUAAAGAUUCAGGACCCGGUCAUAGAUCGUGGCUAUAUGUUAAUGGUCAUCCUGUAGUUUGUAAUAGGCAUAUGGAAGUAUCAGCAUUAGUUAGUUCUAUUAACCCAAGUAUUAAUCAAUCUAAUGAUGCUUUGGAAGUUGCUACUCUUCAAAAACAUCUUUUGUGGCUUCUUUAUGAUGAAGGACACUUAUCAAAAUUUCCACUUGCUUUAGGUAACUUGGGUGAUCUGGAAGAGUUAAAUUCAACACCUGGAAGACCUCAUUGUACAGCCUUAUUUGAAGAAGCUAUAUCAGCUGCUCGUAUAUACUAUAGUGAUAUGUUUGUCUAUCCAUAUACUUACCAAGGUGGAUAUUUCUACAGACACAAUAUGAUUAAAGACGCUUUUGCAAGUUGGGCCAACGCUAGUCAAGUUAUAAGCAAAUAUAGUUUUAGUAAAGAUGAUGAAGAGUUAUAUAAAGAAAUGAUGGAUAUUGCUUAUGAAUUAAUACCAUACUCAUUGAAAGAAAUGACAUGUGGCAAAAGUCGAUCAAUAUUGAAUAAUCCACAAUGUUAUGCUUAUGUGUUAUUAAUUUAUGAUGGUCUUUGUCUUUGGGAAGAAGAUGGAACCACGCCAGUAUUACAUAUUAAAUGGGCAAAACAUUUUAUAAAUUCUAUUUCUAAGUUUGAUGAUAGUGUGAGAACAAGACUUAUCAUAUUAGAACCAAAAGAUUCUGAAAAUGAUAGUGGUUUAAUACAAGAUUAUCAUGAUAAUAACAUGAAUAAUAAUAAUCGUCUACUACCUAAAGAAAUUUUAAAUACUAUACCUGGUACAGACGAAGAAACUAAAUCAGAACUCCAUCCUGGCAUUGAAGCACUAACUGCAGCUUGUAGUGAACGAAUAUUGAAUCGAGAGUUCUUAUUGCAAGGUGGUGGAGAACCUUUUGUAGGUAGUUCUGAUUCAUUACCUACUCCUACUACUACACCUCAAACACCUAUUUUAGAAACAACAAUAAAAGAUGAUGAAUCUGAAACUAAAAUUGUGUUGAAAAGUAAAAAGAUGAGAAGUAUGAAAGAUCUACUAAUUGCAAAAAAAUUGAAUACACAGGCAAUUAGUCUACAAAUGAGUGCUCAGUCACAAGGUGGAAAACGUCAUGCACCUAGAGAUACUGCAGAACCUAUAUCCAGGCGCAGUAGAAGAAAUAACAACUAAUUAAAUGUAUACUAUAAAUGCAUUAAAUGUAAGUGCAAUUUUUUCUUUCAAAAAAUAAUUUAUUUUACAUUGAAAGAUAAUCAUUAUGUUACUUUUAUUUUAGGAGUUUAAAUUCUGUGCAAUGACUCAUAGUUUAGCUCAGUAUUUUAUUAGGAAUCUCUUAUUUAAGAUACUUAAUCUAUAAUAUAUAAAUAUAUAUUUGAAAAAACAUAGGUAUUAAUAAUAUUAAAAAUUUUAAUAAUAAAUAAUAAUAAUGUUAAUAAUUUAACAGAAAAAUUAGUUGUUAAUGAUAAAAUGUUGGAUUUGACAAAGUGAUUAAUUAGUGUUACCAUAAAAAAAUAUAUUAAUAUAAACAUAAUACUAUACUUAAAAUUAGUAAUAUCCUAAAUUGUUGUGAUUUAAAAUUUAAUUUUAUAUUUUGCAUGACAAAAUUUUAAGCUUAAGGUAUAAACAGUACUAGUAUUAGUAUUGUAUACAAACUAUAGAGUAGUGCAACCAAGGAAUAAUGAUAUUUUUUUUUUAAUGAUUUAAUUAAAAAAAUGUAGGAAGAGAUGCAAAAAUCUCUUUUUGAAAUUGAAAUAAAUUAGAAUUUAGAAUAAAUAGAAACAAAGAUGUUUACUAUAAUUUUUUUCUUCUAGUAAAUAGAUUGCAAUAUUUUCAUAGUUUACAUAAUUCUAAUGUUAUUAUCAUUGAUUAUAAAAUAUAAUAUACCUUAUAAUUUAUAAAGCUCUGAUAAAAGAAUUAGAUAAAAAAAUUAUUUUUAUUCUAAUAUUGUUUUAUUGAUUUAAUAAUAAUCAUUAAAAUAGGUUAUGUACAUAUAAUAUAUAUAUAUAUAUAUAUAUAUAUAUAUAUUAAUUUUAAAUCAAUAAUACUUAAUUCUAUCAGAUACCCUCAUUAAAAAUUUCUGGUUGCGCUACUUAUUACCACUUCUACAUUUUCACAUUGUAUACUUCUAUUAAAAUAGCUUUACGAGUUGUGACUAAGUCACCAUUUAAAAAUUAUAAUUACAUCUAAAAUAUUAUAGUAUCUUGAAACUGAAUAAUUUUCAACUACAGAAAUGGGCAUGAAGUGUAAUAAUAUUUAAUACUUUAAAUAAAAUCUUAUAAAUAAUAUAUUUAAUUUAACUAUACAAGAUAAAUACUAUUUUAUUAUAAUACUUAUCCUACAAUUUAGUAUAGUAAAAAAGAAAAGUCAAUAAAAACUUUAAUUAAUUAAGUUUUUAAAGAUUAAAGUAACUUGACUUCUAAUUACCAUAAUAAUUACUUAAUGAUAAAUUAUUCAUUAUUAUUUAUCCACUGUUGUAUUUAUCUGAGUACAGAAGUUUGAAAACCUUAUAGUAUUAAAUUAUAAAUAUAUUAAUUUACCAUUUUUAUGAAACUAUUGUUGUUUGUGUUUACUUGCCAAUAAGUUCCGAUUUGUAUAGUAUAGUUAUUUAUAAAUAUAGUCAUAGGCAUAACUAAGAAACUUCUUUGACUGCUCUAAACUUAUCUAAGCCUUAACGGCCUUAAUAAAAUGUAUUAAUAAAUAAUCAAAUUUUAGUAUUCUAAAAAAAAUCAUUGUAAAUGCUUCUUUGUUUGAUAUUUAAAUAGUUGCGUCUAUGAAUAUAGGUACUUAAUGUGCAUAAUUACAAAAAGUAAUUUUAAUCAUUCCAAAUCCCAAAUUAGUAUUAAUAUUACAGGGUUUGAAUAAAGUUUUGAAUUUACUAUACUGAAAAUUUGACAUAACUGUUAUAUAGUUAUGCUUAUGACUUAUGAGCAAUCUUAAUGUGAUCCUUAAUUAAUGGAUGGAUUAUAUGUUUGUAAGGGUUUAGUAACCUGUGAUAAUGACAUAACCAUUUUAUAAUUUGUAUUUAUAAAUAUUUUUACAUUGUCCUUCAUAUUAUUCUUUGCCCAAAUGUAAUUAUAUACAAUAUCUUCUCAUUUUGACUUUUUAUCUUUAAAACCUUUUUUGUUAAAUAAUUCUUAUUUUUAUCUUUAUUGUUUAUUUCUUAUUUCUUACUGUUAUAGUUAUACUUAAAAAAUAAUCUUGAUCGUAAAUAUUUUUGUUUAUUAAUUAUUUAAUAGUUUUUUAAGUUAAUAGGAACUAGUCAAACUAGCAUAUUUCAGUAAUAAUUAGCCUGUAAUUUCUUAAAUCUCAAACUAGUAACCAGGGGAUUUUAUCAUUCAACUAUUGUGGGGGGUGAAGAGGGGCGAUUUGAAAUUAAAAAAAUUUGCUAGUACUAUUUAUCCAAAUCUAAUAUAAUAUCUAAUAAUAUAGGAAUAACAAUUUAAAGCUAUGAUAAAUAAUCAAUAAUAUUUUAUAUUAUAUGUCAAGCAUUAACCAUACUCACCCCCAUAUUUUCUUCCAAUAAAGAAAUUUAUUCAAAAUAUGAAUUUUUGGAACUUUUAAGUAUACUUAUAAUUAUACCCAAUAUUAUAAAUUAUUUAAAUUUUUAUAACAUUUAAGGAGUGUCCUGUGGUUGUACAAAUUUCUUUUUUUUUUCAAAUUUUUUUACUAAAAAAUUUCUUUUUACACUGGACAUUUCUUAGAAGAUAAAAAAAAAACUGACUUUUAAGUAUACUUAAAAAUUAAACAAAUCAGAGCUAAAUUGUUUAUAUUACUAUUCACUCAAUAAACAGAAAAUCUAGAAAAUCUAAUAUAAUAGAUCUAAACCCUGCAGCAUAAACAAUUUAAUUUAAUUAUUCUUCAAUCAAUCACCUGUAUUUUACUUCUAUUUUAUAAGAAUUAUGGCUGAAGCAUGAUUAUCGUAUUCAAAAAAAUCGCUCCUCUAUGGAAUCCUCUUACAAUCUGGACAUUCUAGUUUUAUUUUUUAUUUUAUUAUACCAACAAUUCAAACAAUUUUCUUGCUUUUUUUUACGCUUGAAGAUUAUUGAAAUUAUUUUAAAUUCUUUAAUGACAAUGUUACACUCCUCAAUACUUUGUUUAUUGUCUAUUGUUUGGCAUAUCAUUGUUAUGUUUUAACUUGUUUAUUUUUUAACGAUAAUACUUAAUUUUAAAUACAUAUAUUUUUGUAUGAUGAAAUUUUGAACCUAGUCCUUGCAAUUAAUAUUUAACUUACGUCCCAAUUUUUUUGUUUACCAAUAUUUGUGAAAAUGUUAUCAUUACAUUAACUAAAAAAAUUGUUAAAUAUUUUCAAAUGUUUUAUUUCAGGACAAUAGUUAUUAAAAUCUAGUGAUUUUCUAUGUUCUAUGUGAUUCAUUUACAAUUUUUACCAUUAAAAUAAUAAUAAUGAUGAUGAUAGUGUUGUAUUUAAUAAAUUAUUAUCAUUGAGCUGUAUUAAUAUAUAAUUGUAAAAUAAUUAAUAUUGGAUGCAGAUUCAAAAAUUAAAUAGUAUUUGAACUAA